AUGUACCACUUCACCAGUGACAUGUACGCAAGAGCAUGGAACUACGACUCCAUUACGUACCACUCUAUGAGUGACGCGUAUGCAAGAGCACACCACUACGACUCUAUUUUGUACCACUUCACGAGUGAGACAUAUGCAAGAGCACAACACUAUGACUCUAAUAUGUACCACUCCAUGAGUGACACGUAUGCAAGAGCACACCACUAUGUCUCCAGUACAUGCCACUCCAUGAGUGACACAUAUGCAAUAGCAUGCUACCACGUCUCCAGUAUGUACCACUCCACGAGUGACAUGUAUGCAAGAACACGCAAUCAUGUCUCCAGUACGUACCACCUUGUGACUAAGAUGUAUGCAAGAGAAAGGCACUACGACUCCAGUACAUGCCACUCACGAAUGACAUGUAUGCAAGAGCAUGACACGCAUGUUGGACACACCAGGCUCAUUAAAUCAAUGUUUGCCCUUGGUGAGUCCCUCCUAAAACCCAAGAUGGACAAUUCCCUGGUCGUUUCUCCAAAGGUUUGUCAAACCUAA